AUGCCCCUCUUUCACGAUCCGGAUCGACGGGCCCAGCACCGUUGGUCGGGUGACCAUAGCGAGUCCGAACCGCCUGCCCCAAGGUCCCCUCUGGAUCAGGCAGGCGAACAUGACGAGCGUGGCCACUAUAUAGUCGGAUCAACUGGGAGGGCUAUGGAUCCCACGUCUAGGGAGUCGUCUCUGCCCAAGUUUUGGGCGAACGACCGGCAGGAGCUCAUACAGCGAAUUAAAGAAUCAUCGCCUUGGAGGUCGCAAUAUCAGCCGCAACAUGCCAACACUGGCGAAUCCUAUAUGCCUCAUAGUUCUAUACCGCCCCUUAACUCGCAGGCCGACGAGCGGAUGGUAGAGCAGGCCUCAGAGAACCAAUAUCGUGUGGAAGACAACGAAGAGCUAGGCUCACCUGCCGAAAUUCAGCGACCCAGAUCUGCAUUGCACUCUGGUGACUUUAGGGAAGGCUCCCCGCACCAUGGGGAACAAUCGCCGCAGCCUCGUUUUGCGGAACCCAGCCCGUCCUCGCCAUUUCUCCGCCUCAGCACUUCCCCUACGACUCCAUGGUUUGGAGCAUCCGUUUUUCAAAGCAACCAAAGCCAGUCGGAUCUAUUUGCCAGCCGCAAUGAACGAGAACGUACUUUGCAAACACGAUCCAGGGCACCGUCGCUUGGGUCAUUCUCGUCGAGUUACGUUCUCAAAGCGCCGACAAGCCCUCUAGUCUACCAAGCCAACAACACCGAUCUAGACUUUUCGCCUCGGGUUGAUCCUGCCGAGCCACUAGAACCACUGGAAAGGGCUAAUCGACGACGAACUCUUCCCCCGGAGAGCUUCAGACAUCUGCACUCUACGCCCCCUAAUCGGCGGACGAUUAAUACCGGCAGUCCAUAUCCCCAAGGCAGACACGAUGGGCUUUUCCAGCCUCAUCAUUCCCCACGUCGAUCGCUUGCCUCGUCGUAUAGUCUCCAGCUUGCUUCUACGGCGAUCACGCCUGCGUUUCGAGCAAGGAGACCUUCUCUUGCGUCGGAAAUCUCUCCAAAGCCUCAUGCACCGAUGGUCGGGUCCUACGAGGAGUCCAUCUUGCGUGGGCGAAUGUCUAUGAACCCAUCUAAGCCGCUCGACUUCACAGCUCAGAUCGGCGUUCUAGGCAAAGGCAAAUGCAAAGGACACCUCAGAUGUCCUCCUCAUGUGACAGUCCCUUUCCCGGCCGUCUUCUACAGCUAUCCGACUUCGGGGAAUGGCCGAUCCAUCGCCGACGAUAGCCCCAGUCCCUACGUCGGGCAAAUCGAUCUGGAGAAUUCGCUACCCAAGGAUGGAUCUAGCUCAGCUCGGCGUCGCAAACGGCACUUUAGCCCAUCCAGAGCCCCGGAAGAGAUCGGCGUCGACGAAGCGGGUGCUCAUCGAGUCCCAGACGCCGAUUCGCGGCGCCGUCGGGAGAAAAAGAACCGCAGAGCGGAGUCUCCCAAAUGCCCCCCUGGUGGGAGCUACCGGAUUCCACAGCAAGGACAAUUACAGAUCAUUAUCAAGAACCCGCAUAAGACUGCGGUGAAACUGUUUCUAGUUCCGUACGACCUCAGUGACAUGGAGCCUGGUACGAAGACGUUCAUUAGGCAAAGAAGUUACUCGGCAGGUCCGAUAAUUGACAUGCCACUGAGCGCGCGAAAGAACUACGGAACUGAUCGCCCAGAAGCCUCGUUGAGCACCGCAGAGGACCCACAAGAUAAGCCGACCCUGCGGUAUCUUGUCCAUCUGAACAUCUGCUGUCCGUCUCGAGGUCGCUUCUAUCUGCACUCCAGCAUUCGGGUUGUUUUCGCAAACAGAGUCCCAGAUGGCAAGGAGAAGCUUCGCAACGAGAUUCAACUGCCAGAGCCUCGAUACAGCCCGUAUAAACCCGUGCGUGAGCAUCCAUCAUUGUCCACCUCUGCCAGUGCUCGACUUGCAAUCGAGAAAGAAUCUCGCCGGCGAAGCGCUGGUCAGGGCGGAUUCCCGGGGUUACCGCCCUAUAUCUCGUCGCCAACCGAUGCGCCUCUGCAUUGGGAUGCAGCAGAGCCAAUGGAGCUUAUGGAGCCUACGCAGACCUCCCAACAGUCUGGUACUAUGUAUAACAAGCUCAACAAGGGCGAUGUGGGCUACGGAGGUUAUCCUUAUGCUUCUAGCCAGAAUGGCUCUGAAAAUGGUGAGAGUUUGCUUGCCAAGCGGCUUCGCGGCCUGGAUGUCCAUAAACAUGAGACACUUGACAGCAAAUAA